AUGAAAUUACAGCUGUAUACACCAUCUACUCUUUCUCUCUCAGCCUCACUUGUUUACCCAUCUUCAUCGUCCCCUCCGCCUCCGCCAACUGUGGCUCCAGCACCCCUCAUCGUCUCGUCCUCCCCUGCUGGCGCCAACAGUUGCUUCGCCGUGGGCCACCUCCCUUGCGGCUCCAGCACCCCUGCGGGCGCUACAAACGUGCGCCGCCUCGUGGAGGUGCUUCGCCUCCCCACCCGCUGCGGCAACCACAUCGCUGCCCUCCACGUCCGCAACCCCCUCGCCGCCUCCACCCUCCUCUACUCCCACGGCAACGCCGCCGACCUCGGCCACAUGUACGACCUCUUCCUCGAGCUCAGCAUCCACCUCCGGCGUCAACGUCCUCGGGUAUGCCAACAAACCCCCGCACCCCACUACUUUAUCUCUUUCAAAAAAAAAGGGUUUGCCCUAACUUCUCACCGCUGCGGCCCUGCUUCCGACCCCUCCUCCUCCCUCUCUUCCCUUUCGGCAGCUCGCCGAACGCCAUCGGAAGCCCUACUCUUCAGAAAUCGAAGAUCAAAGAUCGGGUUUUUCACUUUUCAGAAAUCAAAACCCUCCUCGUCGCCUCUUCCUCUUCCUCUUCCGCUUCCGCUAUCUAACGAUAGAUCAGUAAUCGGGUGGUUCUUUACAAACCAGACUUUUGGUGUCUAUUGUCUUACAAUUGAAGUUUACCAUGCAAGGAAUGCACAGUUGGGCCAUUUCCAAUUUCGAAAAAGAUGGGAAAUUUUCUUUUAUGUUCUUAGAAACUGUUUGUGACUAAUUCAUUCCUAAUCACAUCCCAUCAUAUUAUUUUGUUCCUCAAUUUGUUCUUGUUACAACCUCUUAUCCUGUUUUUUUUUUUUUUUUUCUUUACAUUUUUGUUUCAGUUACAUGCUCCACAUCCUUAGCAUACCCAAGGUCUUGUAUGAUAGGGUCCUUUUUGCAGCUCCCAUCAGCUUAAGAUUGUUGUUGUUGUUGUUGUUUUUUUUUUUAUGGUUUAAACUUUUA